CUCUCCGUCUGCUGUUCAGAUCCAUCCUAGAGAGUGGAACGUUCGCGCUCUGCCUUCAAGAUGCACCUCAGUGCAGCAGAUCACCGCCUCCCUCUCAGUGAUGGAAACAGCAUUCCCAUCAUUGGGCUUGGCACCUUCUCAGAACCUCAGGCGACCCACAAGGGACUCUGUGCAACAUCAGUGAAGAUUGCCAUUGACGCAGGGUACCGACACAUUGACGGGGCCUACCUCUACAAAAAUGAGCACGAAGUGGGCGAAGCCCUCAGGGAGAAGAUUGCUGAAGGAAAAGUGCGGCGGGAGGACGUGUUCUACUGUGGCAAGCUGUGGGCUACAAAUCUUGACCCAGAGAUGGUACGGCCAGCCCUGGAGAGGACACUCAAGGUCCUCAAGCUUGAUUAUGUGGAUCUUUACAUCAUUGAACUGCCCAUGGCCUUCAAGCCUGGUGAUGAAACCUAUCCCAAAGAUGAGAAUGGUAAAUGGUUAUAUCACAAGACAAAUCUAUGUGCCACAUGGGAGGCUUUGGAAGCUUGCAAAGAUGCUGGCUUGGUGAAAUCCCUCGGAGUCUCCAACUUCAACCGCAGGCAGCUGGAGCUCAUCCUGAACAAGCCAGGACUCAAGUACAAGCCGGUCAGCAACCAGGUCGAGUGCCAUCCAUACUUCACUCAGCCAAAACUGCUGAAAUUUUGUCAACAGCAUGACAUUGUCAUUAUUGCGUACAGCCCCUUGGGGACUGCUAGGAAUCCGAUGUGGGUGAACACGUCUUCCCCGCCUUUGUUGGAGGAUGCACUGCUAAACUUACUCGGGAAAAAGUACAAGAAGACAGCAGCCCAAAUUGCUCUGCGCUUCAACAUCCAGCGAGGGGUGGUUGUCAUUCCUAAAAGCUUUAAUCCUGCAAGGAUCAAAGAAAACUUUCAGAUCUUUGAUUUUUGUCUUACUGAAGAUGAGAUGAAGGACAUUGAAGCCUUGAAUAAAAAUGUCCGAUAUGUGGAAAUGCUCAUGUGGCAAGAUCAUCCUGAAUACCCGUUUAAUGAUGAAUACUGACUUCAGGAAACAUCUGCAAGGAUUGUCCCUCCCCGUGAAUGCCCAGACUUUGGGCAAGGAGUUGUACUAACCUCAGACC